AUGACGACUACCGAGGCCACCAAAACAGUAACCCCACAUGUUAGAGAGAACAAUGCUUUAAGGAUGGCACAGAUAGAAUUACUCGAAAUGAAACGAAAGUUUGAUGCCUUGAGAGUUGUGGAGACAGAGAAAAAAAUGAUGGUUGCCUUGUUGCAGAGAAAGGAUGAAGACUUAAAAACUCUGAAAAGCUUGCUUGAAAAUGAAAGGAAAGAAAAAAUGACUAUAAUUAAUGAAAAGGAACAUUUUGAAAAAGAAAAAGCAGAAGAAGUAGAAAGAAUUAAUAAAGAAAAUCUUAGAUUAAAAGCUGAGCUUGACAAAUUAAAUGAGAGAAUAAAAUCUAAUCAGUUUGGAGCAGCAGAGCAGUACAUUCAGCUGCAACUUGAAGUUGACAGAUGGAGAGAGGAAUGCAUUCAGUUACACAGUAUUCUAGCAAAGCAAACUGAAGGUUUGAAAAAUGUUGCUAGUAUCAACUAUGGAAGUCAUGUACACUUAAUAAAUGAGGUUGUGGAGCUAGUACUGGCAUUUGAAGCACAGAAGAAGAUAAACAGGCAGCUGGAAGACGAAUUGCACCAAGAGAAAAAUAAGUGGCAAGCAGAAAGAGAACAACUCCAACAAGAAAAUGAGAAACUCAGAGAGGAGAAUGAUAAUCAGCACAAGCUUUUGCCUCCAAGCUUAACUAAAAGCCCACAAACUCAAACUGAGGCUUUUAUGCAACAUGAAAUUAUAAGAGUGACUUCAGAAAAGCUGGUUCUUCAAGAAAAACUAGAUUUAGCUAAAGAGGAACUUUCACAAUGCAAGAACAGCUUAAAAUUGCAAACUGAAGUGCUGAAGGAUGCAGGGUUGUUUUCCAGCAAAUUAGAUAACAAUGCAGAAACAGCUGAAAACUCAAUAGAGGAAGUGCUAGUGAAGAGGCAAGGUCAAAGGAAUAACAGAAGAGGGAUAAGAAAGAAUGAAAGACAUUACCAAGGAAUUUUUGAGUUUCACAAAGAGGAGAUUAGACAUGUUGUUAGGCAUGUGAUGUUUGAAUUAAAGCCACAUAUUGCUGUAACAUUACUGCCAGGAUUGCCUGCAUACAUUUUGUUCAUGUGCAUUAGGCAUGCCGACCGUCAAAAUGAUUAUGAGAAAGUACGAUUACUCCUGACAGCAACUAUCUACACCAUCGAAAAAGUUACUAAGAAAGGCCAUGAUGAUAUUGAUAUAAUGGUUUUGUGGCUUUCAAAUACUGUGAGACUUCUGCAUAAUCUGAAACAGUAUAGUGGAGACAAAACAUUCCAAACUGAAAACACAUCACUACAGAAUGAACAGUGUCUACAGAAUUUUGAUCUCACUGAAUACAGAGAAGUUCUUUCAGAUACAGCUGUAGAAAUCUACCAGAGUCUUGCUGGGCACAUACAAGAAAAGAUAGAGCCACUGGUGGUGCCAGCUAUUCUUGAACAUGAAGAAAUAAGUGGCUUGACAAGCCAGAUACCUAGUGGAAAGAGAGGAAGAGCUGUGUUGUCAUCAUGGGAUUCUGAGCCAUUUUUGGGUGUACAGAAGUCAUUGGAUGCACUCUUGCAGGAACUAAAUUAUAUCUAUAAAAUUAUGGGGAACCAUGGUGUUGACCCAGAACUUACUGUCCAGAUAUUUCGGCAGGUAUUCUACUUCAUCUGUGCCAUUUCAAUGAAUAACCUACUGCUCCGAAAGGAUUUGUGUCAUUGGAGUACAGGAAUGCAGAUAAGAUAUAAUCUAUCACAUCUUGAACAGUGGUGUCGUGACAUGAGACUACAGUAUACUGAUGUGCCAACCACAUUACAGCCCAUAAUUCAGGCUGCCCACUUGCUACAGGCUCGUAAGCUGGAUGAAGAUGUUCAGCAUGUAUGCAAUAUGUGUGAUAAACUUUCAAUGUUGCAGAUAAUCAAAAUACUCAAUCUGUAUACAACCAUUGAUGAAUCUGAAGAAUGUGUUCCUGUCAGCUUUAUUUGUAGAAUACAGGCCAAGCUCCUGGAAAGAAGUGAACCUCAGAAACAGGCCACAUUGCUGAUGGACACAAAAUUCAUGUUCCCAGUAAGAUUUCCUUUUAAUCCAUCAAAAAUCCAUCUUGAAGAUAUAGAAGUACCAGAGGUGUUGAACCUACCAAUGCUAAAAAAAGUUUAA